CCUAAGUCGGAGUAUAAAAGUUACCAUCUUCUAGUGUCUUAGGGCUUUCGAUCGGCACCAGCUGAACGGCGAUUGUGCUCUCUGCUAUUUCUGUCUAACCUCUCGGCCUGCGAAAAUGGUGAACGUUCCUAAGACAAAGAAGACCUACUGCAAGUCCAAGGAGUGCAAAAAGCACACCUUGCAUAAGGUGACACAGUACAAGAAGGGGAAAGAUAGCUUGGCUGCUCAGGGGAAGCGUCGUUAUGACAGGAAACAGUCAGGUUAUGGUGGUCAGACCAAACCUGUCUUCCACAAAAAGGCUAAAACCACAAAGAAGAUUGUGUUGAGGCUGCAGUGCCAAGGCUGCAAACAUGUUUCACAGCACCCAAUCAAGAGGUGUAAGCAUUUUGAAAUAGGUGGGGACAAGAAAGGAAAGGGAACCUCACUUUUCUAGAUUGCCUCUGAAGUCAUUCAGAGCUUCCUUUUUUGCCUUCUCCUAUGUUGCACUGUUGAAUUUUAGUUAUUUUGGAUGUUUAUUUUGUGUUACAUUGUCUUCCAAUAGAUGAUUUUGUGUUAUGGAUAGUUAUAUGGAGACCAUAUCUAUAUCUAUAUUCAAGUUUUUUGAUACUA